AUAAUUCACAGCUAUUCUUUCGAUAAACCCCAAUUGAAUCUCCCUUCAAGUCUCCUCCACAGGUGAUUUUUGUGGUUUUCUCGUCAGUUUCGAUGAUUCAAAGCGUUCUCAGUUUCUCUGCCACAUCACAAAGGAUGAAGACUACUUGUGGUUCAUGUCUAGGGUUUAUUCCAAUAGAUGGUCUUGGCUUACCCAUACGUGUGCUAUGGAAAAGAAAUCUUUUCAAGCAUAAAACUUGGACCUCGCAAGCCAUCAUCGAGCACAGUUCCCAGGAUAACUAUUGGGUUCCUUGUAAAGUGUUUCGGUGUGGUGAAAGACAUAUAUUUUUGGGUCCCACCAAAAGCUUAACGAGUUCCAAGGCACUACCAGUUGAUAUUGACUGCAAACUCGAUGCCGACUUGUUGCGUUCUGCUCUCGGUUUCUAUCGCAUGCAACGGGUUUCUAUACUGAUGUCCUUAGGAACGCUUUUUUACUUUCUGAGACUCAGAAGAAUGCAACCCAACCGUUCUUCUUUUCCUCGUUACCUUCACUGGAGGAGCAUACUCGCUAUUCUGUACAAAACGUUGCUAUUCCAGUGGAGUCAUUCCAUUCAAAUCGUUCAACAUUUGAUUCAAGAUAUGAAUUUGACUCCCAUAAAAGUGCUCAUACAAGACGAAGCAUCGUCUAUUCAUGCCGAUGAGAAAAGCCCUAAUAUGCAUGCUCAGAUAUUCUUCACUUUUUCUCAACGUCAGUGCUCUCUUUAUGCUCCUCGUUCCUUUGCCAUAGCGGUGGCUACAGCGUAUCGUAUUCCUAUUUAUGUGAGUCGCUUGCUUGUUGAACGCAACAGUGUCUAUCCUCAAGUAGAUUGCAGAGGAAAGUGGUACAUUGCCAAUGAAACAACUUGCGGUGUGACUCGUCUAUCUCGAAAUGCACCUAUAUGGAAAUAUCGCAUUUCAGAAUUGGAAAAGAUGGAAACACAGCAACUAUGCAAUAUUAUGAUACGCUCAGGUAUUCCUUGUAGUAGGGCACAUACACACCAAGAGUUGAUCAACCAGUUGAUACCUUUCAUGGACCGUAUACAGAGAAGAAGUGUAUCCAUAUGGAGAGAACUUUGGAGAAGAAAGAUGUACAAAUCGUUGAAAAGGAAACUAGCUUAGUGAUUACAGUGCUAUCCGGUUCAAAGAGUGUGGAUAAGGAAGUUUGGAGAAUCGUUGAAAAAUGCCAAUGCAAAUAAUGGAAUGUUGGUUUUGUCGGGUUUGAUUGGAUGAAAUCAUUUUGGAUC